AUGUCCGACAAUCCCUCACUACCAGCCCACGGUGUGUCGGCGGGCACGCACACGACUGAGGUCCUUGGCAAUGAGAGCUCUGCCUCGAGGUUGACCGAGGGCUUAGAAGCGUCGGGGUUUGUGGGCCGUGAGAGCUCGGCUGAUGGCGAAGACGAAGGUGCAGAUGAAUACGAUGACGAGGACGAUGACGAGUAUGGGGACAAUGAACAGAUCAGACAAUAUCUGCGGGAUCAUGGAGUCGCUCCGCCGUACCCCUAUACCCUCAUGGAGAUGGUGAGGUGGAGACACUGGUGGGGCCUCGGAACUCCAGAGCCAGACAGUGGCAACGACUAUGAUGAAGACAUGGAUGACGAAGAGGAAGACAUCGACGAAGACUUCGUCCAAUUCGAAGCAGCCUACCCGGACAUCAAAGUUGAUGAACACUCAAUCUGGAUGCACUUCAACAAAGAUCUAUGGCCGAAACUCGACUUGAGCAAGCCCUACGUCGCUUCCAUGGUGCGUUGGGCAUGGGAUGGGUCCAUGGCGGUCGGGUACCCCGGCCCGUCUCACGAACAUCUGGUGGAGUUCCAGAAAGCGAAACGAGAAAGCCUCAAGAGCUCCACCUGCGAGGAGACCGAAGCCUAUCACAAUUGGAUCAAUCAUCGGUCUACUCGUGCCGAGAACGUGCAUGUCCACCAUGUGCACGCCAGUCCGAUGGUUGUCAUAGAGAGAAGUCAUCACGCCAGGGAAGAGCUUGCGCGCGUUGAUGAUUUGCGUUCUUUCUUGAAAGAGCUCGAGGAGGAGGCCGAUUUGAACUCGCAAGCGUGGGAAGAAGGGACGGAGUGGUCUGGCUUCUCGUCCUAG